CUUUGUCAUCAAAAUGGCGGUUCUUGAUCGAUUCCGAAAACGUCGAAAAGUUUUCCAUUAGUUUGCGUGAACCGUUUAAUCAGAAAUACAGAGAAAAAGUAUAAUCACGGAGUGUUGAAUGACCAAAGUCAGAGUGGACGAUGUCUAAACGUAAACUUGAGGAUCCGACCCCAGCUGAUGGGAUCAAGAUUUUCAAAAAGGAAAGAAAUCUUUCAAGCAGUGAGUCUGAGGAAGAACUCUCCUCUCCUUCCUAUGCAAGCUUCCUUCACUUUGAUCAAAAACCAGUUUACAGUGAUGUUGUCAAGAAACAAAUGGAAAGAAUGGGUUACAAGGAAGGAACAGUUCUUGGAAAGUCAACUCAGGGGCAAUCAAAACUUCUAGAUCACUUCAAAAAAGAACAUAGCCUUAAAGAUGAAAAGCCUGCUGUACAGGAAAAUGCCUCUCAGCCAGAAUCAAGCUACAGUGACUUUGCUCAAAGACAAAUGGAAAACAUGGGCUUUGAACCUGGAAGAGGUCUUGGGAGAUAUGGUCAAGGAAGAGCUGAUAUUAUUGAGGCAUCACAACAACGAGGAAGGCGUGGUCUGGGCUUUAGAGUUGAAGGUUUUGAUGACAAAGAUUUUACAUGGGAAGAGGAAGAAGAGGUGGUGAUAGAGGAGCCUAAAGCUUGCAUUCCAUCUUGUACCAGACCCCCACCAACAAGAGAGGAGAUGGAGGACUGGAUCACAGUUAGCAAGAAAAAAACAACAAUUGAUAAUGAAAUUCAAUUCUGCAGUGAGGAUGUUCUGCUGGAGAUUCUCAAGAGCAAGACUGUAUUUGAUGCUCUUGUUGGUGAUGAGUUUCUGAAAGCAAGGACUCGAGCCAAUCCAUAUGAGUUUAUCAGAGGAGCCAUCUUUCAAAACAGGGCAGCUAUGAAAAUGGCCAACAUGGAUUCUGCUUUUGACUUCAUGUUCACCAGCCCCAAAAAUGACAGAGGGAGAGAAGUGGUUGGACCCAAUGAGCUGUUGUACUUUGCUGAUGUGUGUGCAGGACCUGGUGGGUUUUCAGAAUAUGUGCUGUGGCGUAAAGGUUGGCAAGCCAAAGGAUUUGGCUUCACCUUGAAAGGUGACAAUGACUUUAAGCUUGAAGAGUUCUUAGCAGGGACACCAGAAACAUUUGAGCCACAUUACGGUGUUCAUGAUGAUGGAGAUAUCUUCAAUGAGGAGAACUUGGUGGAGUUUAGAAGAUUUGUGAUGGAGGCAACUGAUAAUAAAGGAGUUCAUUUUGUGAUGGCAGAUGGGGGAUUCUCAGUUGCAGGACAGGAGAACAUCCAAGAAAUUCUUAGCAAACAGUUAUAUCUGUGUCAGUUUCUUUGUGCACUCUCCAUUCUAAGACAAGGUGGCCACUUUGUAUGCAAGGUGUUUGAUCUCUUCACGCCAUUUAGUGUUGGUCUGGUAUACCUGAUGUACCGUGUCUUUGAUGAGUUGUAUGUCUUCAAACCUGUGACCAGCAGACCGGCUAAUUCUGAGAGGUACAUAGUGUGCAAAGGUCUUCGUGGCAACAGUCAAGCUGUUCAUGAGCACAUGUUUAAUGUGAAUGUUAGAAUCAAUAGAUUAAAGGUUGAGGGUAUAGAGGAUGUAAAUGAGAUUGUCCCAUUGCAUAUUUUGAUGGAAGAUGAAGAAUUCUCCUCAUAUAUGGCUGAGUCAAAUGACAAAAUAGGAAGGAUACAAGCCAACUCACUGAAGAAAUUAAGAGCUUAUGUCCAAGACACAACGUUAAUGGGGCAUUACGAUCAGGGAGAGGUCAAGAAGAAAUGUCUAGAAAAGUGGAAGAUUCCAGAGCAGGCACGUGCAGCUCAUAGAGCAGCAGAUCCUGACGUCAAGUUUGAUGAACUUUGGAAGGGUAUUGAUGACGAUCAUUGUUUUGAUGCCGAAGCUACGAUGGUGACAUCCAAGAACAUUCAGAACCUUAAAUGUCUGUACAAUUACAAGUGCUUUGUAUCUGGAGGAGAAAGAUUUUUUAUCAUGGGUCUUGGGCGCAGUAACGUCUACAAGUGGGAUGGCAAACCAAACUUCCGCAGCUCAAUAAGAUGGCAUAAGCUGGAAAAUUUUAACUUGGAACUUCCUCGCGACACUCUGAUUGAAGUGGAAAUAGUGCAAGAGCUACGGGGAGAGGGCAAAGGCCAGAGGAGGGCUGCAGCUGUUCAUAUCGUUGAUGCGGUAAUUCUCGGAGGCAAAGAUGUGAGGAGUAAGCACUAUCAUGAAAGAAUGGCCAUGGCUGGAUUACUAGUUAAGGCUGUCAACAAACCAACACGUCCAGAGAUGGUGCCAUUAAGGCUCAAACAAGUUUUCCGUCUGGAUAGCAGUUCACUUAAAGAUAUUUUCUCGAGAAUCGAGAUGAAAGUUGUCAAAGGAAUGGGCCGAGUACCUCGAGAGUGUUUUGUGCUGGAGGACGGCAGCCAUCUUCUUCCCAAAGGAAUUUUCUUUAUUAAACGUAUUCAAGAGCCGUGGACCUAUGCUCACAGUCGAUCAGCUAAAAGGUUGUAUUUCUACAAUAAAGAUACUAACGAGUCGACGUUUGAGAGUCCACGAGAUUCAGUGGCGUCCUUCAAAUCAUCUCUCGGUACACGUUAUUACUGGCCAUGGGAUGAUACGGAAAUGAGUCAAGAUGACGAGACCAGAGUGGAUCGGACAAAUCUUAAUGAUUUCUUUACUUCGGUACAAAACGACUUUUUACAAGGUCCAGCAAGAAAAUGACAGCGCGAUUGUUAGUUUAGUAACGGCCGGUCCUCAGCAGAAAGGUACUUCUCAUCUUCAAGCCAAGAAAAGAACACUUUUUUUGCAGAGGGAUGUUUGACCAUCAGUCACAUAUCUGUUAUUUAUUGGACAUACGCGAUAGGCUGGCGCUACAAUUCAGCCUUGGAAAGCAAGCCAAGUUCAGCAAAGAGCUAUUUAAAAUUUCCCCCCUUGGCGCCGCCCACAUUGAUGCAUUUUCGAACCGCUUCGCUUUCACCGCAAAACGCUUGCAUCCAAACUGGUGUUUUCCAAAGUCUCCCUUUUUCGCCGUCCAAACCAAUUCGUUUUCGAAAUGCUCUUUAAAUUGCCCCCAGUUUUCACACAGCUUUUAAUCCUAUGCAUCUUCAUUGAAAAAGGUUCAGCAUUUUCGUUUGUUGUAGGGUGGAUAAGAUGAAAAGAUACUCAUCCAAAAGUAUACCUGUAAUAACGCAUUUUCAUAGUUUACGUUAUUGAGUGUAAUUUCUAUGUUUGUAAGUCACAUCCAAUCAAAUUGGGAAAAAAAUGGGAAUUGCGUUUUGUAUGACUUGCGUAAUUUUGUAAGAUAGUGUAAUUUCGGUUGUGUUCCGUGUAAUUGUAUACAGUAUGGUUGUUGUUUUUAGGUUAUAAAAGGCCAUAAGUUUCACCAAAACUGACAUGACUAACACCAUGAUUCUAUGCUGUUUUUUUGCGGACAUUUUCACAUUUCCACAGAAAAUGCCGAAUUUUAAACUGACAACAUGAAACCUUAAAUUCUUGUGUUGCAUUUUAGUAAAUCUUAGGUAAAUUUUAGCGUCUGAUUUCAGUACUCACUUGCUGUGUAACUGCAUUUAAAGGCUAUUUAUAAUUUAAGGUUUAUUUUAAGAAAGAAGCUACAUCAGCCUGUGAGACACUGAAAAUAAAAGCCAAUAAAAGACAUGUUCGAGAAAACGUUGGUUGGUCUUGGUUGUCAUACAAUAACAAAUGCCAUGCUGGACAAGGAAAGAUGUCGCCAGAUUGCUGCAAACUGAAAAUUUACAGGCGCACUAUUUUGAUUAACUGAUUUAUUCCUAUGGUUACUUCGCCAUACUUUAAAAUGCAACUUCAUCCCGUGUUAAAAAUAAAUUAUUGCACUGGAAAGAAAAGAUUGUGGAUCCACAGAGAGAAGUAUAAAAACGGCCUGCAUUUAGUUAAUCAGUUGUCAAUCAUAAGUCACUCAGUUGUGUUUGUUCCUCCAAUUAGAGACUGGUCACAGACUGUAAACAGCGUUGCUGUCUCUAAAAAGAUAACUAUGGAUAACGAUCUUUUUUUUUUAAAUAGUACUGUGCCUCUGAUAAGCAGACACUUACCAGGGUCACUACUAAACAUUUUAAACUCUCAUGAGGGGAGAGCUCUUGGAAGUGGACACCUGCCCUGGUCCAAAUUGUGCCCACCUGGGCGAGUCCACCUGCUCAUUGACCAAAGGUUUAUUCUGAUGGGCCUUCCACGAGUUUUCAAAACUCUAAACUCGUGCAAAAUAUCUUUGGUGCCGUUUGCUUUGUGUCUACUGACACUGCUUUGUCUUGUGAAUUGGGACACUUCUUUGAAAAGUACUUAAAAUCACAAGGUCAUCUUUUGGGGAGGCUGGGGACUAGCCUCUAUGCUAUGCACAAGGAAAUCUGAGAUCCUCUAUUUGAAUUAAGAAUGGUCAAUGGUUGCCUUGCCAAUAUAUUUAUAUGAAAACCUUUUUUUAACACUGUAUGAAGUCUGGCUAAUUUCUUUUUAAUUUGCCAAGUUGACUUCACAUUUGUACAUUCUAAUGGUUGUCACGCACUCCUCUCUAGGGUGGAAAGACUGCAUGGCAAGCCUUUGGGAGCACCCCUUAUAAUUCUCUUGUAAUGUCUUCCAAAUAAGUACAGAAUUACAAGCAACAUAUUUAUUUUAGUACCUUUAUUAACCACUUCUUAAAUUCUAAACACAACAUGAUGAAAGAACGACAAAGAACAAUAAUAUUUUGCAUGUCUGCCACUUCUGUUUGUUAUAUCAAACUUGUGAUGAACCAAAUUGGACUCCAGACACAUGGUCGUCCAAUUUGGAUCAUCACUGGUAUGAUUUUGGAGUGAAUUGGAUUCUGCUAAAACCUGUUACCAUUACUCACUAAAUCCCAAAUUAUGUUUGAACAAUAACAUUACAUAAUUAUGUAUCACCCACAUGAUUUUUCCUCCAAAACAAAUUUUUGAACGUUAUAAGGAUAACUACAUAUUAUACCAAAAAGUGAUUCAGAGUACAAACACUGAGAACCCUGUAGUUUUUGUACAUGUAUAAAGUUCUUUUUUAGUUCACAGAACAGUUUCCUUACCUUUAUUGUUCUGUGUACAUAUGUAUUUGCUUUUGCAGUCUUUUACAUGUAGUCUCUUCGUGUAUUCAGUUAGUAAGGGUGCAACUUGAAAAAUGACAAGCGUAAAAAGGAGAGAGGGGCUUCGGGUACCACACUCCUAGCUAACUUUUUCCCUUGCUGUUUUUUACAUUGCUCACCAACUAACCAAACACCUAGAAGGGGCUAAGUACAUGUAGUGUAUUAUAAAAAACUCUUUUGCAGCAGUUAAGUACAUUUAUAUGUAUCCCCUUGCUAUCUCAUUUAUAAACACAUCCCGCCUGCCUGUUUAUCAUCAACAAUUAUAACCAGAACAUAGAGUUGUGCAUACACUCUGAUUACCUGAAAAAAUAAUUAGGUAGGAAACCCCCCCCCCCCC